UCAUUAUCAAUGGGAUUCAAUUCAGAGUGCAGUCUGGAGCUGACCGAGACACAAUUGUUGGUACAUGUAGCUCAAAACAGUAUAGGCUUCAUUUCAAAUUACUGUGAACAAGUUGAUGUAUUUUUAAUAUCAGCAACACCUGAUCAAGCAUAGCAUCCCGAUAGGUAGGAAAUUAUUCUAUUCAAAAAUUGCAUCAGUAAUUUUAUUGCUAAUGUUGCAAAACAAGUUCAUUUAGGAUAUUCAGGUGGACACUUAACUUUCCGUUUUGAGGUGCCGUUCAAAAUGACCGACAUACAUCUCUUUAUUUUUACGAUCGUUAUGAUCGUAUCUGCCGUUCAGCCCUUCCAGUUCAAAAGUAGCAGAUGUUGUGAGGACUACUGCUACAGUUUGGAUCAAGACCGAAGUCAAUCGAAGCACUAUGGCACCAAAACGGCUUACGAAGUUAUUCGUGGACCGGAAUCCAGUCAAGAGCAUGUCGUUCCCAACUGCAGUCCAUCCAAGUUUUGGUUGCUUGCUCGUCACGGGACCAGACUGCCGGGCAAAAAGGAUAUCGAGUCUCUGCCCCCCGUUCUGAAUGGUCUUCGAGAGUCGAUUCUUGCUAACUACGACACCCGCUAUAAAAGAUUCAAAAGGGAACACUUGUGCCCGGAAGACGUAGGCCUAUUGAGAAACUGGCAAUGGGAUCGAAACAUAACCGUUGCGUAUGAAUCGGUUCUUACCGAUCAAGGAUGGGACGAUUUGAAGUUGUUGGCUAUGCGAGAGAAAGAUCGCUUCUUCGAGAUAUUGAGCGGGCCUUAUGAUGAACAACGAUAUCUGUUCAAACAUACAAAUUCUCAGAGAACUGAAGCAAGUUUCAAGGCUUUUGUCGAAGGUUUGUUUGGAAACGAACUGUAUGACUCUAUACCCACAAAACCAGAUUCGAGUGACGAUGUUCUGUUGAAACCAUACGAUUUCUGCCCGGCAUAUGAUGCGAACGAAGACAAAAUUAGCGAACCGGAUUCGGAGUUGAGCAAAUUCCUAAGGUCCCCGCUGUAUAUAAAUACCUUGGCCGACAUCUCCACGCGUUUAGGAUUCCGACAAAGUUUGAGUUCCGAACAGGUCGAAGCCAUGUGGAAUGCUUGCAGGUUCGAGCAGGCUUGGAAUCUACAGCUUCCAAGCCCUUGGUGUAGUGUCUUCACCAAGGGUCAGGUGCAGGUCAUGGAGUACAAGGAAGAUCUAAAUUACUACUACCAGAAUGGUUACGGAUCCGAGGUGGGGUCCGACCUGUCCUGCCAUGCAAUGGCCGACAUGUUGAAACACUUGGGACGGGUGGAUGGUGAGCAGGUUAUUGCAUACUUCACGCACGAUUCGGCUAUUCAACUCUUUCUGGUUGCGUUGGGUGCCAUGGAGGACAGGGAAGCUCUACGGGCGGAUAACUAUUACGCCAUGGAAGAUCGGAACUUCAGAUCCAGCGAGCUGGCUCCAUUUGCGGCGAAUAUUGCCGUCGUCCGGUAUGAGUGCGAAGAUAGCGAAGAGCCAGAGAAGGUAAUGUUCUUCCUGAACGAGAAGUCUUUGAAGUUCGAUUGGUGCACUGAAGGCAUUUGCGAUUGGUCUGAAGUGAUUCGUCGGUAUGAAAGAUUCAUCGAUGGAGACUGUGCCGAAAUGUACUGCAGAUAAUAUGGUAUUUUGUUAGUAUAUGUUAUAGAGUAUCCAUAAACGAACAUUACAAACAUAUUCAGCAAAAACAAA